AUGGCACGGUAUGAUGAACUGAGCAGGAACUUGGGCCAAGGUGGAUUUGUAGUGGAUUUGCAGAGACGCAGCUGGGUGUUGAGGCAGCUCAAGCUUGGACUCCAGCCUUCCUGCGGUCGUGAAAGACGCAGAAAUCCUUGUCUUCGAGUUAUGAACGAUCUUGUGUCCCUGCCGCCUGGCAUUAAGCCUGAAGAUAUCCCUAUUCCGAGCCGAGGAUUCAGUCGCGUUCUAUUUGCCAUCCAGGCCCUCUCCAGCUCUGCCGAGAGCACUCCUCUCGAUUCAAGCCUUCUUCGAGUGCAGAAGUACCUGACUUAUCCUGGUCUCGACAAGCCGGAUGUCAUUAUCGUUGAGCAGAAUCGAGGUUUCGUCACUGUCCUCGACCUCGAUCGGGACCUACUCUUCCCCGGCCCACCAGACCUGCCUGUUGAGCUUAACGACAUGCCGUCUUGUGUCUGCUACAAAGUCGAGCACCUAUUCUCCACCGUCUUUGGAGUUCUUGAUGUGAACAAAGACACAGUCAUGGACUGGCGUCAGUAUUGGAACGAAUUUCAACGGCUCCUUGCCAAAGUGAACCCUUUGUGGAAGACAGAGGUCACCAUCAACAACAUCCGAGACCUUGUCCACCAAUGCUCGUUCGAAUUACCUUGA